ACUAGCGCAGUGAUCAAUGGAGCAGCAACGGGAAUGCUCUCCAGAGAUGCCAGAAGCUCUGUGGUGGCAGCGGAAAUUCCCAGGCAUCACGGGCAAGAUCCUUCUUCAGGGGAGCCAGAGCUUGGGAUACCAACUCUCAGCCCAACAUCAUUACCUGGUGCCACCUUUGGGAGGAUGAAUCAAGACAGUGACUCAAGUGAUGAGCCCACUGGCCAGGACCCACUCCGAUUGCUGAAAACCCUUCAGCUUCUCUGGACAAAGAAUGAGAUUGCGAAGCUUAAGGAGGAAAUCAGGUGGGGCUUCGCAGGCCUGGAGGACCCAUUGGCAGGACUCCUGGACAUGCUGGAGAACAGCAGCGACUGGAAGGGAAAAGGGCGUUCCCUUGGGUAUUACCUCACCACGGAGCUGCAGCUUUGGAUAAAAGAGUAUCCUGCUCUUCAACAGUCUGGCUCCAGACUGGAGAAGCUGCAGGCCCGUGUGCUCGGAACACUAGCCCAGUGCCCAACUAAUCUGCUUGACCCUCUGAUUAGCAUUUACCAGCUCCAUACAGCAGACCGGAACUGUUUGCUUGCACACGUCAGUCAUCUUUAUCACAAGGGCAAUUACAAAGAGGCAGCCGUACUGAGUAUGAAGCUAAAGUUACAGCCAGAUCAAGAUGUGGAGAAGAUGUGUACACCACUACUGCUCCAGGAUAAAACUAACUUGGUGGAAGACUAUGUGGGAGAACAUCCUGAGCUCCAGAGCAAGCUCUUGCACAUCCUGGACACGUGGUGUGAACCUGGUUUUGAUAUCGGAGACAUCUCAAGACAAUAUCAAGGCACAUUCAGGUACCAACCAGACAAAUUUAACCGCAAAACGCUAAGCAAGCUGAUCUUCAGGCUCCUGGACCGCUUUAACGUAGAUCCAGCUCUCUGCCCCAAUGUCAUAAAUCAACGGCACUUGAGAACUCUGCGUUACCUCUUCUACAAGAGAUUUGUCGAGAAAACCAUGACUCAGGAGAACUGGACAGACCACGUUCAGAACACAGUGGGAGAGAAUCAAUGGCUCCAAGGGCACCUGAUACAGCUGCUGCUCCGUUACUGUGAUCUAAACACAGCGGCAAGGUGGGCGCAGCGCUGCAAUCUGCCCAAGGAGACGCUGCCAUAUGAAGUGGCUGAUGAGCUUCAAAAGCUUCAGAUCCAAGAGAGGGCAGAAGAGACAAAAGCACUUAACUCUGAAGAGAGUAAGAAGAAGGACUAUUACCAGCUUCCUAUUCCACGAGCAAAUGUUCACUUCCUGCAGACCUGGGAAGAGACACUGCCGUGCUGGGAAAAGGUGCUGCAGCCUGGGCAAGUUGUUGGCAUCGACAUGGAGUGGAAGCCUUCAUUCGGCAUGGUCGGGAAGCCCCGUGUCUCCCUCCUUCAGAUCGCUCUGAAGGAUGAGGUGUUCCUGCUUGACUUGUCACAGCUCCUUGAGGAAGCAGAGUUGGAGGGUCGAAAGGAGAAGCUUCUCCAUUUCAUCCAGUUGCUCUAUUCAGAUCCAGCCAUCACUAAACUAGGUUAUGGGAUGUCUGGAGACCUUAGCAGCCUUGCAGCCACAUGUUCAGCUUUGAAAGAUACGGAUAAGCAAGCGCAAGGUGUGGUGGACCUACUCAUAGUAGACAAACAACUGCAGAAGAGCUCCAUUGACUGGAGAAAGGGUGGCCGGAAGGUCGAUGUACUGUCCCCGGAGCAGAGCUACAAGGAUGGAGGGUGCAAGCAGCCAGAGAAAGGGCUCAGCCUCUUGGUGCAACACGUGUUGGGGAAACCUCUUGAUAAAACGGAACAACUGUCUGAUUGGGAGAAACGGCCUCUCCGUGAGGAACAGAUCCUCUACGCAGCCUCAGAUGCGUACUGUUUGCUGGAGGUCUAUGAGAAACUCUGUAAAGAUCCAGCGAGCUUUGGUCUGAGUUCAGACCUGACUGAAAGUCUGGUGGGAAAACCAAGCAUGAAACCCAGAGCAAAGAAGCAGCUGAAUAAACAAGAAGUACCGUCACCUUCUGGACAGCAAUGCAAAGCAUCCAAAACGGAGCCUUCGCAUCUGCCUGCUCCCAUCUCCCCGAAGGAGUUCAGUGUGAUCUGCGACAACAUGCUGCAAGGCCUUGGGCGCUACCUGCGCUGCCUUGGUGUAGAUGUCUGGAUUCUGGAGAAUGAGGACGACCAUCGGAAAGCUGCUGAGAUUGCCCGCCAGGAAGGAAGAAUCAUUUUAACCUCUGGACUCCCCUACCAGACUCUGCGGUCCCAGGUAGCAGAAGGAAGGUGUUUCUCUGUGAACUGCUCAGAAAAGGCAAAAGAACAGGCACUGCAGGUUCUGAAGCACUUCAAUGUCCGAGUGUCCCUGGCGGAUAUCUUCAGCCGCUGCCAGGUGUGCAACUGCAACAAGUACCUGAAGGUCUCGAGGGAGAUGAUGAGGCAGCUGAUGGCGGGCAGCAGGCGUGCGGCGAGGGACAGCAGCGCAGGCUGCCUGGGGAGCUGUGAGGAGAAGCCCGGUCAGAGCCGCGAUGCUGCUGCAGCCCAGCCUGGCUGUACCCCGUGCAGGGAGUGGCUGGAGGGGCCAGAGCAGCGCGAGGCGUCCGUGGCGCUGGUGGAGGGCACGGUCCUGCAGGUGGCUGCCAUCCCCCCUGGGGUGCUGGACAAAGCUGAGCUCACCGACUUCUACUGCUGUAGCCGCUGCGGGAAGGUGUUUUGGGAAGGGUCCCAUUUUGGACGUGUCGUCUCCCAGUUUCAAGAUGUUCUUGUCACCACCGAGGACGCACAGAGCAUCUACGAGCUGAGGGGGUACACGGGGGCUCUGCAGGACGGGGAUCAUGGGGGACGCACUUCCUGGUGAACCUCAGCAGAUUUUGGGCUACAGGUUUGCGAUGUGAGGCUGGAAUGGGGGGAUUCACUUUGGGAUCUGCCAGGGAGGGGACUUUUGCCUCGAUGGUUCACGACAGCCAAGAAAUAUGUGGCCUCCAUGAGUUCAUUAAAUCAAAGGUUGUUGGGGAAUGGAUCCUUUGCUUUACUUCUGCCUCCCUCCAGGCUGGGCGUGCCUAGAUGGUGACAGAGCUCUCCAAACUAUCACCCAGCCAGUGCCGACCACCCUGUGGCACCCAUCCAUCUCCAGCACCUCACCUGGUGCCCCUCAGCCAGGUUGCUCAUGUUGGGGAGCCGGGAGCUGUGACCCCAACAGCAGCACAGGGGAGCGAGCAUCCCCGGUGCCCAGAGCUCUCCUCUGUCUGUAGGACUCGUGUCACACCAUGACCCAUCUCCCCUGCUCUCCCAGCAGCUCCCACCAUCCCGGGGUGGGCACAGGCAUGGGGGUGCAGGGGGGCUGAGCACUGCGGGGCAGCCCCACGGACACUGCUGGCUGCACCGUGAUGCCCACUGGCACUCACAUCACCCCGCAUGGGAGCGAGGGAUAUCCCAGAAGUGCCAGGCUGGGGGGAGAUGCCAUCGGUGCCAAGGCUGCUUGCUGGGUCGAUCAAGCUCCCCCCUGUGCCCAGGGCUCUGCAGGGCAUGCACAGCAGUGGCAGCGGAGCGUAUGGUCCCACCACUGCCAGGAGCUGGGAUGAUGGCAGGGAAUGGCCACCAUCCAGACGAAGCUGCCAGGGUCAGGCAAGGCGAGGAGCCCAGGUUGGUGCUGCCAGUCUGAGCGCUGCCGACCAGUGCCUCCCAGUCCAGGGCCAGCCUUAAGCCUCUCCAUCCUGCCACUGAGGAGCAUUUGUAGAAUCCCUCCUGUAAUCCCAGGUAACUGCCAGGUGCUGAUGUUACUGCGGAGAGGGCCCACGGGGCUCUUGGCUGGAGCGUGGUGUUUGCAGGCCAGCACAAACCCUGCCCGGGCAGCUUACGCUGCAGUGCAAAACUUCCUUUUCCUCUCCAUGUGCUCCUGGCCAUGCGGUGCCAGGGGCUUUUUCCCUGCCAGGGGCAUCUCACCCUCUGGCUCAGCCCUUUGGCAAAAAAAAAAAAAGCCCUUUUUCCGCAUUAGACAUAGCUCUUUCUGUGAGUUCCUGCCUGGAUGUCAGUACAAGUGACCCUGAAAAGUGGUCAUAUUCCCACUACCACCAUCUUCUCUUGCCAACGGUCCCUGCCGAGCCCAGCUGUGGGCACAACAGCCCAGCAUCCCUGGUGACACUUCCCAUGGUCACAGUGUGCCGUUGUCAGCCUGGAGAAGAGAAAGCUCUGGGUAGACCUUAGAGCAGCUUCCAGUGCUGAAAGGGGCUCUGGGAAAGCUGAGGAGGGACUUCUCACAAGGGCCUGGAGUGACAGGAUGGGAGGGAAAGACUUCAAAUGGGAAGGGGGAAGAUUUAGAUCAGGCAUUAGGAAGAAAUUCUUCAUAAUGAGAGUGGGGAGGCCCUGGCCCAGGUUGCCCAGAGCAGUGGUGGCUGCCCCAUCCCUGGAGGUGUUCAAGGCCAGGUUGGAUGGGGCUUGGAGCCCCUGACCCAGUGGGAGGUGUCCCUGCCAUGGCAGGGGGUGGAACUGGAUGGGCUGUGAGGUCCCUUCCAGCCCAAAACAUUCCAUGAUUCUGUGAUUUUUUUUUUUCCUGAUCUCCAUGAGGAGAUGGCAGAGGGACGCAGGGCCCCUGUGCCCACCCUGUGCCCUCCCCAUCUCCGUUGCAGCCCUGCCAGGGCCACCCACUACCCCUUGCCUGCUGCCUGAUGAGGAACCCAUUUCUUUCAAGUGGAGGCAUAAAAUAACAACACCUCCUCAUGAUUAACAAAGCCCAGGCAGGACCCGGCAUCACCGGCGGGGCUGUCACCAUGGCGGCACACACUGCUGGCCCUGCACGUGCAUAAAGGUAAGGACUCGUUUUGGCACGGUGGGGAUGCUGAGCCUGGUCCAAUCUCAUCAGGACACACUGGGGUGGCUCUGGCCAGAGGCAGCUACAAAGAUCUGUGUUUCCCCGCGGUUUGGGGGGUUGUUUUCCCUUCUUUGAUGUGCUUGGAGAGGAAGCCUCUUCCAUGGCUGACCAUCACCAUCAUCAUCAGGGCAGCAUCUGCUUUACCAUUCUUAUGCGCCAGCGAGAGCCUCUGCCCCAGCCACGGCUCUGCCUGCGAAGCGAUGGACGUGCUGCAGCCCUGUGGUUUGUGUUUUGAUCCUCGCUGCUGUGGAUUGGCCCUAAAACCACUUUUUCUCUUCUCCCAGUCCAAUUUUGGGGGGUGUCAAAGUGAAGCCUUAGUGCUGAUGCCCCAGCCAGAGAUGUCCGUGCCUGGCUUGGUGCAGCCUCAAUGCAUGAAGGACUCAGGGACCACCUUUCUUGCUGCUGAGGCUUUGGCUGCAUGGGAACACUGGGUCUGGGGGGUUGCCCUGGGGAACCGCUGCAUCACUGCCUCUCUCCUCUCCUUCUCUCUCCCUUCCUGCCCUGAGAGGGCUGGCAGGUUCUGUGCUUCCCACAGAGUCACAUCCAGAGACGAUCCUGUCUGUGUCCUCUCAUACCCCAUCCCCAGGGUGGGCUCUCACCCAGACCAGAAAAACCCACCACCCAGGAGCGGUCUGUUUGAGCCAGACCUUCCCUCCCUAUCCCCGCCGUCACCUCCUUCCCUUCUCUCUUGGUUUGCCCUGGAGGUGGCUGCUGCUUCUGAGAUGAGCAGAAGAAAAAGAGGGAUUUUCCCUCUUGGCUGGAGGCUCCUGGGCCCUGGCACAGCUUCCUGCACCCUCACUGACACCUCCAGCCGUGGGGAUUAUUUCUCAUAAUGGGAUUAAAAUGCCUUCUGCUGAUCUUGCUCUCCAUGGCCAUCAUUUUUCCUUUGGUUCUUUCCAUUUCCCUCCUCAGUUGUCUAUAUUUUUUGCAUAUAACCUGAAGGAGUUGUGUUUCAUGUCCUGGUUUUGCUGCCCUGUGCUCUCUCUGGGUGUUAACAUGUUUCUCUUAAUUCCCUCUUUAUCUAAAAUGAGAAUUUCCCCUUCGCAUUUUCCCUCAGGUCAUUUUUUUCAUGUUUCAGGGACAAGGAGGUGACAGCAGAGGAUAAACUGUGUUCUGCUGAACUGGGAUCUCUAAAUGUACCUGCCUAGUACACUGGGAAUCGCUUGUAGAGCUUCUGGUGCUGGAAAACUGGUAUGUGGAGGGACCAAAUGUCUGCUUUGCAGGUGAUGAUACAGCCAGUUGGAGGCACAGACCCUGGUUUUACACGCUCUGGGCCAACCUGCUGUCGUUGGUCCAUAAUUAUCUUGUCUUGGGCUACCAGGAUGAGCUCCAGUAUUGAAGCCCAUGUCGGCGCAAGGCUUUGGUGCUAGGAAAUGACACCCAUGAUUAAAGGUUUUCUGCCUCUGUGUCAGAUGUUUGACAAUUGUGCCCCAUUCCCAAUGGCAGUGUCAGGAGCGCGUGCCUCCCCUCGGAGCAGCAGAGAUCCCUCAGAGCAGCCUGCGUCAGCUCUGGUGCGGUGACAGUGGCCUUGCUUGGACAUGGACAUGCUUGGACAAAGAUGCUCCCGAUGCAGUCUGAGCAGUAUGGACCAUAGCGUAUGUCUUCUCAUCCAUCAAGUGCCACCAGCUCUGAAACUCUCAGUCCCUCCCCGUCCCCACCCAGGGACAGGAAGGUCCCUGCCAGGGGAGUUUUCUCCCUUGAGACAGUUCAGGAGCCCUCAGGUGUCUGGGCUGGGUGGCAGGAGACCUACAGAAAGGCACACAUGGGAUCCCUGAUAAGGAGCCUCAGCACCCACCUGGGGUAUCUGCUGCCCCAUGGCUGCAGGUGUUGUACCUGGUCCCUUGAGGACAUCCUGCCACUCUCAGCAUUGGGCUGAUGCUCCAUCUCUGCAGUUUUCCUGUUGUCCAGGUGAUUUGUUCAAUGCCUGGGAGCAGCAUGUCCUCUGGUGCCAGCACCCUCGAUGCUCUGAAAAACAGUCACUGGCUCCUCCCGUGCGUGAGCCACGUCCUCUGCAAAUGCUCCUGGCUUGUGACUUGCUGUGUCCUUGUGAGCAACCAGAUCCCCAGAUCCCCUGGAGCAGCACGCAGGGACCCUAAAGAGCCUCUGAGCAGAGGGAGGACGGAGCUCGUGCUUUGUCAGCAGCCUCUCUCCGCCAGCCCCCAGUGGCAGGUCCUCCUGAAGCCACCCCAGCUGGUGAGCAUGGGGAAGCCAGCACCAGAGGCUGAGCCGCCCGAGCCCCCAGGGCUCCACGCAGACUCACCCAUGUGUCAGCAUCCUGUUGCUCCAGGGUUUGCUCUGGAAGGGUAGAAACAGGAGGUGAAGCAGAGCAGGAAUGCUGCAGGGCCUCGUGGUGAGUGAUGCUUCAUUGUGUGAUGAGGUGAACCUCUCCAGACCCUGUUUGGGGAAGCGCCUGAAUCACAGCAGCAUCCGAGUCAUCCCGGUCCCAGCCAGGAGCAAUGAGGUGGGAGCUGCAGCCCCGAGCCUCCCAACCACCGCUUCCAGCCGGCUAUGGCCAUUCCUGGGCUUUGCUCCAUGGGUUUUUGGAGCUGUGGGUUCACGUCAUUCUGCCACCACUUUCACCGCUGGCACGGGGACAACGGGGCACACUGACCCUGUCCCUCACCCUGGGGAACGCUCCUGGCCACACAGCUGCCUGGAAGAGCCCUUCCCUCUGAUCCCUGGGGACAGCAGGGUCACCUCCUGGCCACCUCUAGGACUUUGUCUCCCUGCCAGCUCCAUCUAUUUGGGGACAAGAUCCGGUGCUUACAGUCAGUCAGCCGUGCUGGGACUGGGUUUAGGAGAAGACCAACCCAGGGCAGACACCAGCGCGUCAUCUGUUCCUUUGGGCAUGGCACAAAACAGCUCCCACGGGGUCUCAUCCAGCUCCUAGGAAUGGCCAGCACAGCCCCUCUCCCUUUCUGCUGCCCGCAGGAGGUGAUGCCGAGGUGGGAUCUGAGCAGCAAGGUCAUCUCCAGUCAGAGACAUGGUCAGCACCAAAAUCCACGUCGGAUCGGCCUUGAGCAGCAUCCAGGAAGAAAUAAAUUGUCCGGUUU